AUGGUGUCCACGGGUCGCCAGAUGCUCGGCUUGGUCCUGGCCUUUGUGGGUUUCCUGGGCAGCAUCAUCGUGUGCGCUCUCCCCACCUGGAAAGUCACCGCCUUCAUCGGAGCCAACAUCGUGACCGCGCAGGUGAUCUGGGAAGGCCUGUGGAUGAACUGCGUGACCCAGAGCACGGGGCAAAUGCAGUGCAAAGUCUACGAUUCCGUCCUGGCUCUACCUCCAGACCUCCAAGCCGCCCAAGCCAUGGUCGUCAUCGGCGUGAUCGUCGGAGUGUUCGGGAUUAUUCUCGGUGUCAUCGGCGGGAAAUGUACUAACUUUGUGGACGACGAGAGGCAGAAGUGUAGAGUGGCCAUCGCGUCCGGGGCCGUCUUCAUCGCGGCCGGGUUGAUGCUGCUUAUUCCCGUCUGCUGGACCGCCAACACCAUCAUUCAGGAUUUCUACAACCCGGUGAUGAUCAACGCCCAGAGACGGGAGCUGGGGGCCUCUCUCUACAUCGGCUGGGGAUCGGCUGGAUUGCUGUUUCUGGGCGGCGGACUCCUCUGCAGCUCGUGUCCUCCCAGAGAUGAAAACAAUUACGACGUGAAGUACUCGAAAGCCCGCUCCGUGAACAGCAGCCGAGCCUAUGUGUAA